AUGGAUGGAGAAAUAAUGUUAACGGGAGAUUUCAACGCAAGGCACCCCAUGUGGGACGAUGGGGUUAAACCAUGCGCGAAAGGCACUGCUAUGGCGAACGAACUGGCAAACUCAAAGCUGGUAAUGUUGAACGACGGACAGAGUACUACGAUUCCUAGGAUCAACUCAUCUCCCACGGCCAUCGAUCUGUCAUUCGCGACAAGCCACCUAGCAUCACUGACGAAUUGGAAUGUGCUACAAGAAGAGUUCGGUAGUAUGCAUCUCUGCAUCAGCAUGACAAUACAAUCUGAAGCACCGAUAUCGUGGGGCACACGAAAGAAAGUAAAUGUACAACGAGCAAUAGAAGGACUAAACUCACUAAGACCGCAAUACCUAUACUCCCCGGAAGAAAUGCAACAAGUAUUCGAGGAACAAAUAGAGGCAGCUAGUUAUGUAGUGAAGAAUAAAAAGGCAGAUUUUCUGAAAGCGUGGUGGAACAAAGAUUUACAAAAAGCAUACAAUGAAAAGAGGAAAAGGCUAAGAAACUUCAACAAAGAAAAAUCAUUAAACAACCAAAAGGAGAUGCAGAAAGCUAGAGCGGUGUUCAAGAAGCUAGUCAGGAAGGAAAAACGGAAAUAUGUACACGAACUACAGGAAAAAAUAGAGGAAUCAACCCCACCGAAGCAAAUUUGGAACAUAAUUCGAGGAUUGGACACGGCACUUACAGGAUCAAAAAAAGGAGCGGACCAUUCACCGUCCCUAAACACAGCGAUGGAAUUUAUGAGAAGGAAUUAUGUCAAAAAAACAGAAAAUCUGACAUGGAAACACGGAAUACAACAAGAAAAAGCGUACAUGGGAGAAUCACUAAAUUUCGAGGAAAUUUUCAAGAGACCCAAAUGA